AGAGAGUCUCAUCCAUCACUGUUUUGACAACAUAUGACAGGCCCACAAUAGGGUCUCAGUAAUCCGUCAGAAUAUUCCUAAACAAUGAGACAUGACAGAGAGUAAAGAGGAUAUAAUUUCCAGCACUCGUGAAUAGAGAUGUAAACACUGUCUGUUGUGAGUGUAAAUUACAGUGUAGCACACACACGCUGCCUGACUCUUCUGUUUGCCUGUUUUUAUAGGAAGAAAAAGAUGUGAGGGGAAAAAAACGUGACUGGGGGAUUGCUUCUGAAGAAGGGAGCCGUGACAGUCACACAACAACAGCCGCUACAGAUUAAUUCCCUUCAGCAACAACCCCUGCCCUCACCUGUUACAACAUGCUCUGCCAGGCCUCCAAUCCACCAGCAAAUUCCUUCCGCUCAGAGCCGUGAGGUGGAGGAGCAUUAUCAAAUCCAUCAUCUUCUAAUGGAUACCACAACAAACCUUCGAAGAGAGUGCUGUCCACCAAAACCCACAGACCUGGCAAGGACGGCAUUAAUCAGAGACGCAGCAGAGACACCAAAGGUCAGACCCGAAUCCAGCGGACUGGCCAUAAUUCAUCACAGCAUGUACGUGUGCGAACUUCCAGCCAAUCACAGGUUCCCGAUGGCCAAGUUCCCCCGAGUUUUACACUUCUUACUUCAGGACCAAGUCAUUACAGAGAAACAGGUGUGGGUUCCUGAGAUUGCCUCUAAGGAGUUGCUCAGCGGCGUGCAUACUGAGGGUUACCUGAACAACUUUAUAAGUGGGAGAAUAGAUGAGCAAGAACAGCGGAGGAUGGGCUUUCCUUGGAGCAAGGGCAUUGUGCGUCGGUGUCGAUACGAAACAGGUGGGACUGUUCUUGCUGCUGAAGUCGCUGUGCAGAGGGGUCUGGCAUGCAGCACGGCGGGGGGAACCCAUCAUGCUUUUCCCAGCUACGGCUCGGGGUUUUGUCUCCUCAAUGAUUUAGCAGUUGCAGGCAAAUACCUCAUGAACAGCUCAUCAAGGAAAAGAAAGGUUCUAAUCGUGGAUUUAGAUGUUCAUCAGGGUGACGGCACUGCUUUUAUAUUUAAAGACGAGCCGUCUGUGUUCACAUUUUCAGUGCAUUGUGGGAAAAAUUUCCCUCUCCGCAAACAACAGAGUGACCUGGAUAUCAGCGUUGAGGACGGGCUGGAAGACAAGGAAUACCUCUUCACAGUAGCAGACCACCUUCCCUGGCUGCUGGACAGUUUCCGUCCAGACCUGGUUCUGUACGAUGCUGGUAUUGAUCCACAUUGGGAAGAUGAACUGGGAAGACUCCGACUGACAGACCACGGGCUCUACCAGAGGGAUCUUUAUGUGAUGAAGACUGUGGUAAGCAGAGGUGUUCCUAUCGCUACUGUUAUCGGUGGGGGAUACUCUAGAGACAUCGACAAGCUGGCCCUCAGGCACUCCAUUGUCCACAGAGCAGCUACUCAGGUUUGGCAGGAGUGUGGAAUGUAAAGCCAUGUCCUGAACUAAGUGGAUCCUCAGAACUGUGACCUUCAAAACCCAAUAGUUGGGAAAGCAGCAAAUGUAUUUGUUCACUGCUGUGGAGUUUAGAUGAAGCAGUCUACCUGUAAUAAAAUGUGCACUUUUAUAAUUAAAUGAAUUGCAACAAACAUAAAAAA